CAUGACCGCGUCUUCUCGAAACCACCCAACCCUCAACAAAUUCCACAAUAGAAAUAGAAAUAGAAGCCAAAAACAAUCCGUUUCGGAAAUCAGACUAGACGGUCCCUUUAUCUCGACUCAGAAGCCCGAAUCUUCGCCUGGUAAACAGAGUCAAACCCCCCUCUCCUUCCUUCUUCCUUCUCCCUUCUCUCUCUCUCCGCUGCGAAACGUAUUGAAAAAAACCCCACAAUUCUCCCAUCUUCUCUCUCCGUUACAAUCACCACUUUUUUCUUUCUAGAAGCUUUCUAGAAGACACGGUUUCCUUUGAAAAUUGUUGGAUUUGAUCCCGUAAUCGACUAAAAGGUGGUUAGUGUUCGGUUCUUUGUAUUUAUAGGCGGGCUUCAUGAGGGAGUUUCAGUUAGUGGGGAUUUUAGAUUUUGGAGGCUGAGAAGUUAGUAGGAUUCAGUGAUGGAUGGAUCUCAAGGUGGUUCUAAUGCGCCACCACCUUUUCUCACGAAGACUUACGAGAUGGUGGAUGACCUGGUGACAAACUCCAUUGUUUCAUGGAGUCAGAGUGGCCAUAGCUUCAUUGUUUGGAAUCCGCCCGAGUUUGCUAGAGAUUUGCUUCCGAAGUACUUCAAGCACAAUAAUUUCUCCAGUUUUGUCAGGCAGCUCAAUACAUAUGGUUUUAGGAAGAUUGAUCCUGAUCAGUGGGAGUUUGGAAAUGAUGAAUUUAUCAGAGGACAGAGACAUCUUCUAAAGAAUAUUCACCGUCGCAAGCCAAUCCAUAGUCAUUCUGCACAAAAUUCUUCUGUUCCAUUAACUGAUGCGGAAAGGCAAGAGUUUGAGGAGGAAAUUGAUAGGCUGAGACGUGAUAAGAGCUUACUUCAGUUGGAGCUUGAGUCACAUAAACAGGAAUAUGAAUACCAGUUACGAUCAUUCGGAGAGCGUCUGAAGGCUAUAGAACAAAAGCAAAGGCAAAUGAUAGUGUUCUUGGCGCAAGAAUUGCAGGAACCUAGGUUUGGCUUCAGUCACAUUCAACUGUCAGAAAAUCAUAACAAAAAGAGAAGGGUUUUAAUAUCCAAUCGCUUAUAUGCUGAAGCCAACAUGGAAGAAAAUCAGAUCUUGACUUCCCUUGGGGACAACCCAGAUGCUACAUUCCCGGUACUGAACUCGGAUUUUAUUGAGAAGUUGGAAUCGUCAUUACUUUUCUGGGAAAAUUUUCUACAAGGAGUUGAUCAAAUUCCAAGUGAGGAAAUGAAUGAAAUUGGUUUGCUUCCACUGCCUUCAUCCGUCACUAUAACGGAGAUGCAGGAGUCUUCUAGAGAUUCUGAUGUGAACGCUGACCCGUCAUCGUUUUCACUGAAUCCAUCAUCCCCUGAUUCAAGGGAUGUUCAUUCUUCUCCUGAUUUGGCUGGGUCUUCUACCCAUUUCGAAGCCCCCGCUACAUCGUCUAUUGCCCUCCAUGUGGACGUGAGGCCCAAACCUUUGGCCAUUGACGUAAAUUCAAAGCCAGCUGUAACACCUGCAGCUGUGGCAACCGGGGCUAAUGAUGUUUUCUGGGAACAGUUUCUGACGGAGACUCCUGGGACCUCUCACACACAGGAAGUUCAGUCUGAAAGAAGAGAUAUUAAUGGGAAAAAGAGCGAGAAUAAGCCGGAUAGCCAUAAGUUUUUGUGGAAUAUGAAUAACGUAGAUAACCUUACUGAACAGAUGGGACAUCUCACUCCAGCUGAAAGUAUUUGAUAUGGGUUCUGCAUUUUACUCCGCAUUUAUAUCCUGAUGGAUGGUGUAUGAUAACUUGAGGUACGAGUGCUUAGGUCAUAUAUCUGUAGAUAGUCCACACUUUGAGUUUGAUGUUUCAGUGUUUCCUUUGUUUGCUAGAUUUUGUGUUUGUACAAUAUCUGUUGUUAUGGGAAUUCCGUUCAUAUGAUUUCCUUGCAAUUUUGGAUUGUUCUGCUA